AUGCACAGGCUCUGUUACGACCUGCUGAAGGCCAGCAAUAGGCCCAACGAGCCAACGCUCGAAGACCUGCAGAGAUUCGGGAAGGCAGUCAGGCCCCUGUACAAGCCCGCGGACAGUGAGGAUAUCGACAGCGCGUCUUCCCGAGAGGGGCUGUUCUCCAGCCAUGCACGGCCCAUUGUGGAACGGAGUCUCCGGAUCGACUUGUUUGAGAGACUGCCAGUGGAAAUCCAGGCUAUUAUACUUAGCUAUAUCGGCCCGUGCUGGUAUCUGAUCCUGCUGGGGGAGAGCCGCAGAUUGGUCGAGGAGUUGAGAAAUGGUCGUAAGAGCCGCCAAAGUGAACAAGUCAGCCUGGAAAAGGAGGUAUAUAUCUCGCGAAUACCUUACCAGGGCAAUUCCUAUAUUUCUACUAUCAGCAACGAACCACCGGAACCUGGCCUAGAUGGCUUGAAGCUAGAGUGUUUGAAAGUACCAGACAGCCUGAGCAAGAUUGUGCUAUCGACAGACCAUAUUGGUGUACGCGGAAUACAGUUUGUGGUGGAGGGGGGCACUCCCCCACCACCAGAUGGGUCACCAUGGUAUGAAUUUGUCGACGUCCCAGACUGCAGCCAGGCGCUGCAUGUUGCUACUGAGGGUCUAUUUGUUAGAAAAAUGCGGCGGGUCGAGGGGGAGGAAAUCCACAACAAUUUCCCCCUCUGGAGCAGUCCGUCACCGCCUGCAUUCCAGCCGUGGAACGUGUAUGACGAUCGAGGAGGUUGUCGCUUAGACUACGUCAACCUUGAUGAGGAGGGUGUGCAGGGCCUCGUGGUGUGCUGCUAUGGCGUGGCCAACGGGGGCUUGUUUGCCUUUUCCGGCGUUUCCAAACCAUUCAAGCGGUUUGUCACCUCCAUGCAACAAAACAUCAGAACGGGCCCCAUUUUCUGGAUGUAUUUCCCAAUCAACGACGGCGAACAAAUCGAGGCAGCGUGGGUUCGCAAGAUCGAAGGGUUAUACGGCCAGAUGUCCAACCCGGUAUUAGUUAUCAAAACGACGUUCGGAAGAACAGCUACAUUCGGGCCCUACCACCGCGAAGACUACCGGCGGAAAGACGAGCUCAUCCCGCUCGUCAAAGACAGCGACGGAACUAUUUCAGGAUUCAUCCAUGACGGACUAGACACAGACAAGCACGAAAUCUCUCUAUUCGGACUGACCUGCCGGGACCGAGACGGCAACGGCAACGGCAACGACCCAAACGACGACCACGACCACGAACACGAGCCCAACGACAACAACAACGGCACAAAACUGGCCCCACCACCCGUUGAAAACUACAUCUCUCCCCCGCCCUACGCUGCUGACGGACUACAGGCUUUAAAUUGGUACAUGACCGAGGCGCGGCUGGAUGGAGUUUGCCGUGUGCGCGUGUGCAGGGAUCUAGAGCAAGCGCACAACCCAUGCAUCGGAAUGCUACUUUACUAUGAUAACGGGCGCGCGGAGGCCCUGGGCCAGAUACGCUGGGACCAGGAGGUGUCGCGGGAUAUAAACGUGCCCGUACGACUUAGGCGGGAGAAGCUUGAUGGGAGCCCGUACGUUGCGGACAUCCAGGGCAUGGAUGCUGCUGGGUGUGGCGCAACGGCGGAUGAGCCGGGUGAUGGGUGGCUUGAGUUGCCGCGGACAGGGACGAUGGCGUGGUGGUUUUGUAUUUCGCGGGACAUUAUCUCUGUGUAUGGCCAUUGUACGCAUUGUCGAUAG